UAACAACAGUGAUUUUGUAUCCUAAACUUAAAAAAAAAAAAUGACAGUAUAAAUAGACAAUAAAUGUUGGAAAAGAAGAAAGAAGACAAUGAUCCUCUGCGCUUUGAAACUUUAGAAUGGCUCUCCCUCUCAUCGGAUCAAACAUUGCAAGCGAGGUUGGACUCCGUUUACUUCUCUGUCCUCUUGGUUCUCACGUUGUAAUUCGAACAGCAUGUUGUUCUGUGGGAAUUGGUUUGCCUGUGUAUUCUACAUUCAAGGCAAUAGAAAGUAAAAAUCAAGAUGCUCAACAAAGGUGUCUUGUCUACUGGGCAGCCUUCGGCUCAUUCAGCCUCAUUGAAGUAUUCACGGACAAGCUUAUUUCUUGGGUUCCCAUGUACUAUCACGUCAAGUUUGCAUUUCUAGUUUGGCUUCAACUUCCACCUACCAAUGGAGCAAAACAGUUAUACAUGAAACACAUUCGCCCCUUCUUGUUGAAGCAUCAAGAGAGUGCUGAUCGCGUUCUAGGCCUUGCAUCUUGUGAAGUGAUCAAACUUGUCAACUCAUAUCAAAAAGAGAUCCAGUCUGUCAAGACCAUGGUAGGAAAGAUAACCGAAUCAGCUGAUAAAAUGUUGAGAAGCCCCCCUACUGCAUCAGAUAGAUCACAGCAGCAUAGUCCAGUUGAUGAAUCUGCUACAUCGUCCGAUGCUGAGCCUGACCAGAACAGUAGCUAAUCAACCAGAAAGGUUCGAUGAACUGAGACUCGCGAGUUGAUGAGUGCUGUCCACAACAGUUCCUGUUAGACUUGAAAAAACAGAUACUAGACUUACAUCUAUUAGUAUUUUCUUGGAUUUUGAAAUCUAUCUCUGAAAAAAAACUUGAAGCUUUCUCUUGAUAGGAUACUGGUAGAUAAAUUUCCUGAGAUUUGCUGCUUUUGCAUAGAUUAGAAGCUGUCUAUAUUCUUGAUGAUACAUAGACUCAAUACUCCACAUGUCUCUAAAUUUUGCUGUUGAUGUUAUAGAUUCACUUUUAAUGUUUGGUUUGAAAUUUUGUA